CUCAAGCUCUCUGCUUCCUUCGAUGCUCACGAGCUGCGUCUCUCUCAGCUAUUGAUCUUCAACAGCAAGAAGAAGAAGAAGACGAAGAAAAGACGAAGAAGAAGAGGAAUCGUGCUCUUUCACAUCCGGAACAAUGCUUGAGAAAAAAACAGCUGAGAAUGUAUUCAACGAGAUUGUGGAAACAUUCGCUGAGAAUGUUCCAAAGCAGAAGUCUGUUUCAUUCCUUGAGGGGGACAAGUCCGAAGCAGUUACUUCUCAAUUUAAAAGGCUCUUUGGACGCCAGAAUCCGCUUCACCGUCUAUUGGGGGGUGGAAAAUCUGCUGAUGUGUUACUGUGGAGGAACAAGAAGAUAUCAGCAAGUGUCUUAGCUGGUGCAACUGCCUUAUGGGUGCUCUUUGAAUGGCUUGACUACCACUUUCUGACGCUUGCAAGUUUCGCUCUGAUCCUUGGCAUGCUAGUUCAGUUUCUGUGGUCAAAUGCUUCUGGCUUAUUGAGCAGCAGGUCAGCAUCCAAACCCCCUCGUCUUGUGGUGCCUAAUGAUCUGUUUGUUAAAAUUGGGAAGUCAGUAGGAGUUGAAGUUAAUCAAGCUUUGGAAUACCUCCAGGAUGUUGCUCUGGGAGGAAACUUGAAACAAUUCCUCAUUGUCGUGGGGAGCCUAUGGGCAGCAGCUAUAAUAGGGAGCUGGUGCAAUUUUAUAACAGUGUUGUACAUUGGGUUUGUUGCUGCUCACACAUUACCUGUUCUAUAUGAGAGCUACGAAGAUCAAGUUGACAGCUUCGGCAACCAGGUCAUGGACCAGCUUCAGCAUCACUACCAUAAAUUGGAUACUGGUUUUCUCAGCAAGAUCCCCAAAGGGAAGCUCAGGGCCAAGAAGUUCGAAUAGACUACUUCAAAAGUGCAUGAGAUUGAUUGAUACAUCUCCAUAUCAUCUCUCAUGCCUGCCAUUCAUGGGCCUUGAACAGAUAUAGUUGUAUGAAUAGUUUUGCAUGAUCAUAUUAAGGCUGCACAAAGUCGUUCUUGUGCCUUGAACUGUGGCUUAUGUUAAUGACUAUUCUCGAUUCCGCUA